UUUUUCGGCUCAUCGGUUGGCCGAAUUGCCCUGUCUCGUCUCUAUGUGAAAUCCUCACUUCUUCAGCACAGUCAGCCAUCUCUCGGGCAGCCCGAAACACCCCCUAUCCUGUUGUGCACCAUUCUACGGGCAGCUCCAUUUUGCUUUUCCCAGUCUUCGAUUCCAUUUAAUUCUUUUGAAAAAACAAAACAAUGAAUUAAAAAAGUAACAGAGAAUCGAUAAUAGGAAAAGAAGAUAGAGAUAUGUAUCUGGUUUUUUUUUUUUUUUUUGAGGGAAAAAUUUUUAUUUCUUUGCUUUUAAACUGAUCAGCCUUGUCUGUGAGGGUCUGUUUUUCGGAGAGUACUGCCUUUUUUUUUCCAAAUAUAUUUUUAAGAUUUCUGUCAAAUUUAGAGCAGACAUUUCCUGAUCUUAAAUGGGGCUCGUUGGUUCUAUUUGUUAGCCCAAUUUGUUUACGAGAAAAAGAGGAAAUCGAAUGACCAAAACUAUUUUUGCUGUCUGUCUAAAUAAUUCCUCCGCUUGAUUAAUUUUUAGUCUCAAAAGGGUUUGUAAUUUUUUACUUUCUUCCUGUGAUCUAGUUCUUUUGCUCUACUGGGUUUUGGGGUUCAACAGAAAUUGUUAAAUUUCAGUGCUUUUCUGCCUUUCUUUUUGUUUUCUAAUUUCCCUUUCCCCCCUCUUUUUUGGGUUCCGUGAAGAUUUUGGUGGGGGAUUGGAAGUUGGGGGUAUUUGGAUGAAAAGUGGGUCUGGGUUUUUAGGGUUUUUUGAGAGAGAAGAGAAUGGGAUUAGGCAGUGAAGAUGGAGAAGUGAAGGCCUCUCUGGAUGUGUGCCAAUCAAAGGGAAGGAAGAAGAAGAAGAAAGACGGUGGUGUUGGUUGCAGUGGUGAGGAUGAUGUUGUGGAGGAGGCAGAGACUGGGUGUUGGUUCAAGUUCAGGUUCAUAGGGAGCUGCAUUUCUUCAAGAUCCAAAAUUGAUAGCUCUGUUAGUGGAACCAGUGGCGAAAGUAAAUCAACUAAUGAUACAAGCAGAGACCAACCAGCAGCUCCUGCAAUUUCAUCUACAACCACAAGUAAUACAGAAAGUAAUUCGUCCACCUCUAAACUUGAAGAGGAACUUAAAAUUGCUUCUCGACUGCGAAAGUUCGCAUUUAAUGAUCUUAAGUUGGCAACAAGAAAUUUUAGACCUGAGAGUCUUCUUGGUGAAGGUGGUUUUGGCUGCGUGUUCAAGGGGUGGAUUGAAGAAAAUGGAACUGCUCCGGUGAAACCUGGUACAGGACUUACUGUUGCUGUUAAAACCCUUAAUCAUGAUGGGCUUCAGGGUCACAAAGAGUGGUUGGCUGAAGUGAACUUUCUUGGUGAUCUAGUUCAUCCUAACUUGGUUAAAUUGAUCGGUUAUUGCAUUGAAGAUGAUCAGAGGCUGCUAGUGUAUGAGUUUAUGCCUCGAGGCAGCUUGGAGAACCACCUAUUUAGAAGAUCUCUUCCUCUUCCAUGGUCCAUAAGGAUGAAAAUUGCCUUAGGUGCUGCCAAGGGUCUUGCCUUUCUUCAUGAAGAAGCUGAAAGGCCAGUAAUAUAUCGUGAUUUUAAAACCUCCAAUAUCCUACUAGAUGCGGUACAUAAUGAAACUUUGGCAAAGUUGAAUUUCUUGUUUUAUAUGGGGUGCACUUGUAAUAACUUGCUAUUCCAGGAUUAUAAUUCCAAGCUUUCUGAUUUUGGACUUGCUAAAGAUGGUCCUGAGGGUGAUAAGACCCAUGUAUCAACCCGUGUGAUGGGAACAUAUGGUUAUGCUGCCCCAGAAUAUGUGAUGACUGGGCAUCUCACAUCAAGGAGUGAUGUUUAUAGUUUUGGUGUAGUUUUACUUGAGAUGAUAUCUGGCAGAAGAUCCAUGGAUAAGAACCGACCUAUUGGAGAACAUAACCUUGUGGAAUGGGCUCGGCCACAUCUAGGAGAGAGAAGAAGAUUCUACAGAUUGAUAGACCCUCGGCUUGAGGGCCACUUUUCCAUAAAAGGUGCCCAGAAGGCAGCACAACUGGCUGCCCACUGCCUUAGCCGGGAUCCAAAAGCCAGGCCUCUGAUGAGCGAAGUUGUGGAGGCACUCAAGCCUCUGCCAAAUCUCAAGGACAUGGCAAGCUCAUCAUAUUAUUUCCAGACCAUGCAAGCUGAUCGAAUUGCAUCCAGCCCAAAUGCCAAAAAUAGCAGCAGAAUACAAGGAGGAUUAUUGAGGAACGGACAGCAACAGAGGAGUCUUUCAAUACCAAAUGGUUCGCAUCCAUCUCCUUACCAUCAUCAGUAUCCCCAUCAAUCGCCAAAACCAAUUGGAAAACCAUAGAACAGUCUCCAGCUGUUUUCAUCAUUCAUUUGUUUCCCCUUGUUCGCAGUGUAGAUGUAAUUUUCUGUGCAUUUGUUCUUGGAACUGGAAACAGCAACGGGAAACGUGUCUACUCUAUGUUGUGUUCAGAAGGAUGAGCGGACCUUCCAGCAGGGAAGAAUGUUAGGAAGGUGAAGCUUAUGGAGCAAAAAUAUGUGUCAACACUCUGUUACUACGCAAUGUCUUGAAAUGUUUAAAGAUUAUUGGCUCCUCUGCGUCUUUUCCGCCAUCCUUCAUCUCCUUGAUGUAAACCCGUAAUCAGCCUGAUUUGCAAUGCUAGUAAAUUUCUCAAGGCA